GCAGCUACCACCAAUGUCACCUUUAAAGAAGCUGCUGAACUCAAGGAGUACCUGGCUGACCCAAGCAAAUUUAGUGCUGCUGCCGAAACUACUGCCCCAUCUGUUGCUCCUGCAGCUGCUGGUGCCGCUGCUGAGACCAAGAAGGAGGAAGUUAAAGAGGAAGAGUCAGAGGAGGAAGAUUUUGGCUUUGGAUUGUUCGAUUGAGUUGUCAAACAUGAAAUCGGCAUUCAAUGUCAUCGCAGUGUUGUUGUUUAGUUAGAG